GUUGUAUAGAGCAUUUUUACUCAAUUCUAUGAGAUGCAGGAAGAUGAUGAUGAUCUAGCAUUUUUUACAAAACCAAUUAAAAAGCCGCCUUUGAAUGUCACAAAACGAUUAAGCCAUUCCUUGUCCGACUCGGAUGAAAAUUCAGAUCAAGAGCCCUCUUUCGAAAUGCCGCCUCUGAAACACAUCCGUUCCGAAAGUAAACAUCCCUCUAGGACGUCCACUCUGACGAGCGCGGAGACGGAGCCUACUGCUUCGUCUACUUUACUAUCUGCUGGUUCUCCACGUAGACAUGAUGGCGACCCAUUGAGAAACAAAGAGGGCUCAAUAGAUUUGGAACAUGGUCUACAUCCUUAUGCGACGAGAGCCGCCACUUCUGUUAUUCGCAGCAAUAGCCUCAACACCGUUGAUACACCACCAACUCCUUUUCUCGAUGAUGACUUUACUAAACGACUUGAAGAGUUAGAUCGUCAAGUGAAAGAAUUUCGAAAUGUAUCAAAGGAUCAAACGGAGUCUAAUGCAAAUAUUCGCUUACGUGAUAUUAGCCCCUCCAAAAAUGCUGACACUACAGCUACUGCUUCCGGAUUGAGGACUCAUAGCCUACCCCAAACUGACUCGUCAAACCUGGCUCCAAAUGAACCGCUCGCUUCACCACAAAUAGACCACGUACCAGUUAUAUUACAAUUGGCUAUCAUUGGACAAAAGGUCCCUGGAAGUACCACGUUUCUACCGUCGGAUUGGGAAUCACCACUUCUCUUUAAGGUAAAAUCUAACCAACAGUUUCGCCGGGUACGAGAUGCAUACACGGCGAGAAAGCGCAUUCAAGAUGUUGUUUUUGUCUUCCAAAAUCGAAAGCUUUGGGAUUUUGGUACCCCUAAAGGUGCUGGAAUGUUGAAAAUAGAUACUCGAUUGGUAAUCCACGCCUAUCACAAGGAAGACUAUGAACUCCUUCAGCAGCAAAGGGCGCAAGAAGAAGCUAAGCUUCUUUCAAGCGAAGAGCCAAAAGAAAUUCCUUUGAAACGAAUUAUAUCUAUUUUGGUUCGACCCAAAAAAGGACAAGAUGUCCGCCUUUCGAUACCUGUGAAUACUUCGGUAGAAGAUAUCAUUCGAAAGUAUUGUAAUCAAACAGAAAUUUCGUUUCAUGAGGGCAUACGACUAGAAUUUGAAGGAGAUUGGUUAGAACCAAAGGAUACUUUGGAAAAUCUAGAAAUUGAGGAUGAGGACCAGAUUAGUAUCUUACUUUAGCAGAUAAAAAAGCAGGGCUUUACGUUAUUUAUUUUUUACAUUAUUGCAUUAUUUUGUUUUACUUUAGACCACGACCAUGUUGUAAAUAGAUGUUCAUAAAUAUAUAAUCACUUUUCUCGUAAUCUUUCCCGAAUGAAGAUAAUCCUACUUUCCAUACCCAAAAAUCUA